AGAGAUGAACAAGGAAGUGGAAAACGACGUCGUAUUUGGAGAUGAAAAAUGACAAAAAUCGCCGUUGCCGGGGAUCGAACCCGGGUCACCCGCGUGACAGGCGGGAAUACUUACCACUAUACUACAACGACUUGAUGUUGAGUUGUGUGGUAUAGUGGUAAAUGUUGGUUCUUUUAUUUCGCUUGACGUUUCAUGACACCACCGAACAGUUAAUUUCAUCUCCUGAAUCGUCAAUGAAAUUUUGGCAACAAAUUGAGAACCUGUUUUGAUCCUUCACAUCUUUAACUCUAAUCUCACAGACUGAAGCAAAAUUUUUGGAUUUAGAAAAAAUGCUUGGCGAUGGAGGUGAAACCCCUUCAAGAUAUGAAUUGUUGAGCAUGGUGAAGAAGCACUCAAAUUUAAUUGGGAGAACCGUUGUUGAAGAUCAAGAAGAUGCUCCUGAUGUUGAAAUGGAUAUGAAGUUUUGGAAUGAUGUUUUUGAUCUCUAUUUUGUUCGUGGUAAAGAGUCUAGGGGACGCCAAGAUGAUGAUCUCGUUUUCUUUGUUAGAAAAUUGGUUUCUCGAGGUUCUGCUUCCAAUAACGACGCAGAAACUGUUGAUCCUUAUUUUGUACGCAGGUGGGCACCUAAGUUGAGCAACCUAAUUGAUGAAACUUCAAUUGACGUGGACUGGAGGCGUUCCUUUUACUUGAAUUUAAUUGCUCAUACAUCAUUCAGCGUAACCGUCGCAAUUUGCAGUCAACAGGUUCUUCAAAACCAUCAAGCUGGGAAGGACACAUCUUUAUCCCCUAUAUAUAAGAUACCGACCUAGGGACAAAAAAGGGCAGAUUUGUAAACCUAAAAAAAACCCUUUGGCGAGGUGAUGGUGAUGGGUGAAGCGUGUCCUUCUUUGGGAGUUAAAUUGAUUUUUACAGAUAAUGAUCAAACCACUGUUGUAGGCUUUAGGCCUUAGUUUCUUCGAUGGAUGUCUAGUUAGGGUUUAAUCAGAGUUUUACUUUUUAGGCUGUCUAUAAUGUUACAAUCUAUAUCAAGUGAUUACCGUAUCAUGCUCCACUAAAAGUUUUGUUGGUACCUGUUAGCAUAACCAGCAACCCCACUCUUGAAAGUAUGAUGCUUUCUCUUUGGUAGAAUGAUUUCUAGAUUUUUAUUAGUAAAAGGUUAAAAGACUCUUCUCCUUCUGCUGCCUUAGUUCUUAAUCUUGAUUUUAUUAGCAUUCUGAUUUAUGGCUGCAUGAAACUGUAACUCUCUCAACCGUUUCCAAUUAUUGUAAACUUUGACCCAAAUUUAGCUCCUUCAUAAUUAAGAAUGUCCCCUUCCAUGCUUUAAGUCAUUAUGUGCUUUACCUCAUACUACAUCAUUACAGAAUAUUUAAUCCCUUUGAAUUAGUUAUGGAUUUGGGAAUCUGUGUCUGUGAGUGAUUGUAUUCUGCUUUGCCAUGACCAGAAUAUUUACUUGGCUUUGUAAGUCCUUAUAUCUCAUUAUUAUUUCUUACAUGCCAAUGAAAAAUUAUGCUUUAAAAUAUUAUUACAUACUAUAUGACUAAACAUAUUGGUUUACUCUGUGUUGAAGAAAAAGUGGUUGAAAGAAUAACUAUGGCAACCAUGCACUCAUGUCAUGCUUAGCCGUUAUUCUGUCUCUCUACCACUACAUUUGGAACAUGUAUCUUUUAUGUGCGGCAGAACUAGAAGCCUUCCAAUUUCAGACAUGCAAUCAGGAAAAGAUAAUGCAGGGACAUUAAGGUCGAAUCAGCUCAAGAGAAAAUCAGUGACUGAAAAUUCAAGUGCUGAGUUAUAGGCACGUGUAUGUUCAUUUAGCAUCAAUGUUUGAACCAAAAUAUAUACACAAUGUCUUCCAACUUGUAAUAUGUUUGUGCGAAGUGUUGUGCAAAUAGACUGUAUGCUGAACACAAUUGUUUAUAAUUAUUUUUAAAAAUUA